UUACAAUGUAUAACAUGUAGCACAUUCCAGGAAAUUAUAAAUAAAGAUAAUAUAAAUUUCUUUACUACAUUGCUUAAUUUCAGAAUUAAAACAAUGCCGAGAAUAACUUCUCAUUUUGAAACCCGUGAAGAUGCUCCAAUGCGUCACCUGGUGCUUGGACACUCUCAAGUUCGAUAUGUUUGGGAACAUUAUCCCAAUGAUGGAGAUAAUAGUGUUUGUAUUGACUGGAUAUCAGUUUCUGGUGGACAUACCCAUGAGUUAGCACAGAUGAUCAAAGAUGAAAUCAAUGCAUCAUCAAUUCCCCUGUACAUAAGCGGAUUGAUUUGGCAAAAUGAUGUUGCAACACUCAAUAUCGACAGUGCAUGUGCCGUCAUUCAAGAUCUCGAACAGUUUAUGAUAAACCGUCCUGAUUGUAAACUUGCCCUUCCCGAGGUUAUGUACGUGCCAGCACUCUAUCCUUACUGGGAAUUUUUGUCUGAAUUAAAUACGCAACUCAGGAAUUAUAACGCAAGGCAAGGAUAUAGCAGGUACCCUCUGUCUAAGGUUGCUACGCGAGAUUGCCCAGGAGGCGAAAUGAAAAUCCGCCAAAACUGUUGGGAAGAGUUUAAUCAGGGAACAGGUUAUGGUUAUCACUUAACCUAUGAUGGAAAGCGCAUUCUUGCCAAAUUCAUCAGACGCUUCCAUUUUGCUGGGUUCACCGGUAUUCAUGUGGGUCAAAACCAGCUUCAUACUAACUCUGUCCGUCAGCCUGUAAACUAUCCAAGAUGGCCUUAAAUUCUGUAUGAACAGCUAUCUUUAAAUGUUUACUCUCAUUUCCAAUUUAUUUCAGGGACGAGGCCUAUGAUAAUGAAUUUGAUGUAAAAAAUGAUUAUUAAACAUCUCAAUAUUCAAAUCCCAUAUUUCGAUAGUAAAUAUCACACUCUUUUAUGAACAGGUAAUUGUCGUUCAAAACAAUGCCUGUUUCAAAGCUAAUUUUAUAGCAAUAUCAAUUUAUUUCAAUAUCCAGUUACAACCUUUCUCAAAAAAUGCAAUUAAAUAGAGUAACUUUCAAGUGUCAUGAGUACAUUUUUUUCUCAGCUUUUAUAAUUCUAAAUGGUUUUUGAGAAUUUUUACUAGAGGCAUAAUGUGAGCAUAAUGUUAAGCAAUUUCAUCAGCAGUUUUUUUUUCAAAACUGACUUGUUGUAGUUUCAAAAACUUGUUACACUCCCUAUAGGAUGCUAGUGCUGGAACAAAUCUGAUUACAAUCCCAUGAAAACGUGGUGACUUUGUACAGAUCCAAUAACACGCCGUACAAGGUGAAGAUGUAAACAAUGUUAAUCCAUGGCUUCACAGCUUUUCAUUCAUAAUUUUCAUAGUGCUUACAUUUCCUCUUGCUUGAUUAUUUGUAGAA